GAGAAGAAAGACGCAAUUGACAGGGCCUUGACAUCUUGUGCCCGCUCGUGUCUUUCAACAAGCAACGUUUCCUUGAAUUGAAACAUGUGCUCAUAAAUUUUAUAAAUCAGAAUUAUUAAUCAAUUUUAGAGUUUAGUGUUCAAAUAUUUGAUAAUUUUCACUUAUAUAUGCACUAAAUUCAACUUUUUCUAAAUAUUAAUCUCAUCAGAAAUUGAAUAAUACUUAUUCUUGUGUAGUGCAGCUCAUGUGUCACAUUGACACGCCGAAGUGAAGCUUGUUUUGAAAGUCAAAUGUGUUUGAAUUCUAACAGGAAUGUAUAAAACAAAGCAAGGUAUUGUGAGUCACGACGGUCACACCAUGGUGAUAGAGGUGCAGCAUUCUAAUGGACAUGUGCUCAAUUCACGAUUUCAUUCUCGUCCUUCAAUUAUAAUGACAGGUAGCGACCGGUUGGGCUCAUCUAGCAGUACGGAUGAGUCGUGUUCGGACGCGGAGCACGACAAGGUGAUAGGCGGAGGCGGCAGCUUUGGCGGGGGCGGUGGAGGCGGCGGUCAUGGCCACCCACAGGAAGGCGGCGCCCGGAAGCGACGCGGCAACCUGCCCAAACACUCGGUCAAAAUACUCAAACGAUGGCUCUAUCAGCACAGGUUUAACGCCUAUCCCAGCGACACGGAAAAAUUGCAACUCUCUCAAGAUGCCAAUCUCACAGUUCUACAGGUAUGUAACUGGUUUAUCAACGCAAGGCGACGCAUCCUGCCGGAAAUGAUAAGACAGGAAGGGUACGAUCCACAGCGCUACACGAUAUCAAGGAGGAGCCGCAAGGGCCUGCAGGUUGGGGGCGGCGGGGCCGUGGUGGGAGGGGGUGGACUGCUAAAGCGGUCGGACAGCGAGAGUCGCGACUACGAGAGCAGUUCGUCGCCGAGCGAAGAGGACCCGCAGCCACCUCCGCCCCCGGUCGCCGCCCCCUGGACGUCGUUCAUAGUGUCGUCGCUGGACUGUGUCACCACCUCCAAGAACCCCGAGGAGUUUUGGAGUGCGCACAUUGGCAGUGAGGUGGCCAUCCGCAGCCAGGAGAGCAUGGAGGAGGGGGGUGGUGACGGGGAGGGGGAUGACGACCAGUUCAAGUGUCUACGCAUGCUCGUGGAGGCGGCAGUUGCCGCCCGCCAGCAGGAGGACGGAGGCCUGACGGUGGCGUAGCAUCCGCCCCCCGACUGAGCAUGCGCACUAUGUGCCACCUUUUGUAUUAUCGAAGUACAAGUCUAGUAGUAAGUUUGUUGGAUUAUCGAGAACUUUUCAACCGGCAUUUGAGAUUACCUAAACAAAUUGUCGAUUCCUUCCAAACGACCAAGUUUGUUGGUAGUACACCGUAUAGUUGGUAUACUUUUACCUUUAGUUUACUUUUCUGUUAUAAUAAAUGACCAUGUGAUUGAUUACUUA